UGUUUCAUGUAUGAUAUUAAUAAUUCCAUGUCCAAAUAUACAGUCAAUUUUAUUUCUAGAAAAACCUUUGGUGAUUAAAACAGAUAUUUUGGUGCGUUCAAUGGGUCCCGUUAGUGAAAGAAGCAUGGACUACUCCAUGGAUUGCUAUUUUCGGCAACUCUGGGUGGACGAAAGGCUUGCUUUGAAUGUGUCACUUCCAAAUAUUUCGCUCAACAUUAAAUUCCUAGAACGUCUGUGGUACCCUGAUACUGUCUUCCUGAAUGGCGGAAAAUCUUUUGUUCACAUGGUUCCAAUGCCAAAUAAGUUCUUCCGCAUUAACAAAGACGGUUCUGUUUUAUACUCACAAAGACUGACCAUUAAAGCAACAUGCAAAAUGCGACUUGAGAAGUAUCCAUUAGAUUCGCAACGGUGCCAACUUUACGUGGGAAGCUUUGCCUAUUCCAUAGAAGAAGUAGUAUACGAAUGGCGAUUUGGUCGACAGAAGUCGGUUGAAAUAGCAGCUGAUAUGACUUUGUCUCAGUUUGACUUGCUCCAAGCACCGUGCUUUAACUCAACUUCAAUACUCAGAGGAGCUCCGCAUUCCGUUUUGUCCAUACACUUCUAUCUACGGCGACAUAUGGGGUUCUUUUUAAUUAAUGUGUAUGUACCAUGCUGCCUUCUUGUUGUGCUAUCAUGGGUUUCUUUCUGGAUAAACAGAGAGGCAACAUCAGACAGAAUCGCGCUUGGUACAAUGACAGUUCUGACGAUGACGUUUAUAGGUUUGGACAACCGGAACGAUCUGCCCAGGGUAUCAUACUCAACGGCUCUUGACAUCUACGUUGCCAUUUGUUUUGUAUUUGUCCUGGCUACAAUCAUCCAAUUUGCUGCGGUCCAUUAUUACACAAAGUUCGGAUGUGGUGAGGGACCACAGCUUGCAAGAUAUAUAGCUAAAGAAGUGGAACUUGAGGAAAUUUUGGAAGAACAGUCUGGCGAGGAAGCACACAGCAGUACAGAAACAACCAGAGAGAAUGGUCAUAAAAGACAUGUUUAUAUUAAAAACGGUACACCAAACCAAUCAGCUUUAUUUAAGUGUUGGAACUGUUUCUUUGGAACGAAAAACGUACCUCAUUCCAGCAUGUUAGGCAAUGUGCUAGGUCUGAACAGUGUUAGUAAAAUAGAUAAAAUGUCAAGAAUUAUAUUUCCUGUGGUUUUCCUUGCAUUUAACAUAUUAUAUUGGUGUAUAUAUCUAUCAGAUACGUCACAAUUGUUAUAG